GCACGCAGCGUCUCUAUGGUAGAGGGGGCGGAGCCAGGAGAAAGAUGGCGGCGCCCGCAGAGGCUGCUGAGUCGCAGGCUUCGGGGGGUCCUCGCCCCUCAGUUUGUCUGUUAGUGUUGGGAAUGGCGGGAUCUGGGAAACCACCUUUUGUAGAAAGGCUUACUGGACAUCUACAUAGCCAAGGCUCUCCACCUUAUGUGAUUAAUCUGGACCCAGCUGUACAUGAAGUACCCUUUCCUGCCAAUAUUGAUAUUCGUGACACUGUGAAGUAUAAAGAAGUCAUGAAACAGUAUGGACUUGGGCCCAAUGGUGGUAUAGUGACGUCACUCAAUCUCUUUGCUACCAGAUUUGAUCAGGUGAUGAAAUUUAUUGAGAAGGCCCAGAACAUGUCUAAAUAUGUCUUGAUUGACACACCUGGACAGAUUGAAGUGUUCACGUGGUCAGCUUCUGGGACAAUCAUCACUGAGGCCCUGGCAUCCUCAUUUCCAACAGUUGUCAUUUAUGUAAUGGACACAUCAAGAAGUACCAACCCAGUGACCUUCAUGUCCAAUAUGCUCUAUGCCUGCAGCAUCUUGUACAAAACCAAGCUGCCUUUCAUUGUGGUUAUGAAUAAAACUGACAUCAUUGAUCACAGCUUUGCAGUGGAAUGGAUGCAAGAUUUUGAGGCUUUCCAAGAUGCCUUGAAUCAAGAGACUACAUACAUCAGUAACCUGACUCGUUCAAUGAGCCUGGUGUUAGAUGAAUUUUACAGCGCACUUAGGGUGGUGGGUGUGUCUGCUGUUCUGGGUACAGGCUUAGAUGAAUUCUUCAUGCAAGUCACCAGUGCUGCAGAAGAAUAUGAAAGGGAGUAUCGUCCUGAAUAUGAACGUCUGAAGAAGUCACUGGCCAGUGCACAGAGCCAGCAGCAGAAGGAACAACUGGAACGCCUUCAGAAAGAUCUGGGCUCUGUAGCCUUGGACACAGGGACUGCUACAGACAGCUUAUCUCCUGCACUUGACCCUUCUGACUUGAUCCUGACUCGGGGAACUUUGGAUGAAGAGGCUGAGGAAGCAGACAGUGAUACUGAUGAUAUUGACCACAGAGUUACAGAGGAAAGCCGUGAAGAGCCAGCAUUCCAGAAUUUUAUGCAAGAAUCAAUGGCACAGUAUUGGAAGAGAAACAAGUAGUUUCUAGAAGUCCAGAAUUUUGGAACUCUGUGAAGGAACUAUCCUAACCUCUGAUUGGCGGCUACUAUAAAGGACAAUUUUGUUCAGAGUUAGCAGUUUCUCUUAUAGGGAAAUUUGACUUAGAUGCAGCCAGGGAUAGAAAACCACUGGACGUGGCAGGUAGAUGCCAGUUCCCCUUGGCCUGUCCCUUGGAUUUAUGCAAGGAAGGAUAUUCUGACUAUUCUUGGAUGCUGAUAUCCCUUCAAGCCUAAAGCUUCAAGUUUUAUCAUUUGAACUCAAGUAUUUUUGCUGCUGAUGGAUGGAACAGCGAGAACUUUUCACUUCAAAUCUCUGUCAGGUUGGGUCUGUAUUCUACUUUCCCAGCAUCUUGCCCUUGACCCUGUACCAUGAGUUCCUCUCUUUUUAGCCGAAAGGGAGAGGAAACAUGAGCUUGCCCAGGGUGGCAGUGGAGUCUCCUUGGCAACCAGUCAAUGUUGGCUACAAAGUGUGCCUCACACGGGGGUAACUCAUUAUGGACAACGGGUACAUUGAAGAAAGUGAGCAAAACAUAUGACUAAUGAAUAAGAAUCCUGCUUUGGAUGAUGACUUGGAUAAUUUUAACUUUGUUGUAAGCCUGCCUGUCAUAAUUUCAAAUAAGAAAAUUAUGUAAUUGCAAGUAGGUUCGCUUCUAUUCAACACAGAGGUUUAAAGCCACAUGUCCAAACCUGUCUCAGUAAAGCAGGGAUGUUUACUAAAGUCUCCCAUGUACACAUACCAAGUAAUCAGGUACAGAGCUAGGCACCGUUUCUGUUAUACUUUAAGGCGAAGUAUCCUUUGUGAUUUAUUCAAAGACCAUGGGUUCGGGUAAGGUGCACAUUCCAUAUAUAAUAGCCUUGGUAAGGCAAACCUUCCACAUUCUUCACAGUGUCUUAAAACAGUGCAUUUCUCUUAAGGAAUUUUAUCCCUGCCUAAUCUGUACUCCAAUUCAGCGGUUCUCAAGUGUGAUCACUGGACCAGAAGCAUCAGCAUGACCUGGAAAAUUGUUAAAAACACACUUAAGACCUGAAUCAGGAACUGUGGGGGUGGGACCUAGAAAUCUGUUUUAGUUAAGUCUAUCAGGGAAUUCCCAUGAUGUUAAGUUUGAGAACUGCUCUAGCUAAAAUAGCCUGUGACAGUUCCAGGCCAGGAGAAUCUCAGGUAUCUUAAAAUGACCUGCUUUAUCAGAGUACCUAACCUUGACCAUCUGGUGCCUCUUCUCCAAUGUAAAUAUUCUAAAAAGCAUUUUAUUUUGCCAUUAAGUAUUAAUUUCAGUGUUCUGCACCUAUAGAUUAUAUACCUAUAGAUAUUAAUUUCAAUAUUCUAUACUUAGAAGGCACUAGUAAAAAUUUGAACCUGUUCAAGAGGAAACCA